AGGAUGGUUUCUCUUCAGUCUGGUGGUACACGUCUUCCAAGCAACCCGUGUGAUCGUACGUAACGUUUGCCUUCUUUCCUUAUCCCGUUUUUCCCUUAUUGGUUCAACUGUCUGGCUGCUUCACCACCAUUUUAUUUUUUGUCGUGUGCUUCGAAAAGAAAAAGAAAAAAACGUUCGUAUUGUCGUGAAAUUAUACAAUGGACUCUAUUCGUCGGAGAGUCAUCUUUGUCUCAUCGCACAUCAAUCACUAGUUCGAAAGAAAAAGAAACGCAACGACACGCAAACAGGAAUUUCUGUUUAUUCAAACUACAAAGUGUGUCAUUGAUCGAGAUUCCUACCUUUUUUUGGGUGGAAAAAAAAAAAAAGAGAGGGAAAAUUCACCUCCCACAACGUCGCCCCGUUUCAAACAAUAACAAACGAGAAAAAAAUUGUCUCCGGCUGAUUGAUGACCGUGAGGAUGACGCCAACCUGCUGGGUGGCAGCAAUCAAUCUGGACGUGCUUGCUCGUCUCUACCUGUAGCGGAGAUUUCUGUCCGCAGCCAGUGACAAGGACAGUGACAUGUAAAGUCAAAAAUGGUACAGAGACUUACACGAAGAUGGUACCGCGGCUUUGCAAACGAAACUGGCCUCCAUCACAACAAGCGUCCUCAUCAUCGCCAUCUUCCAACGGCACUCCGCAGCAUGUCAAUUGCGGCAUGGAACCAAGAGUGAAAGAGAGGCCUAGAUUGGUGACUACUUACAAACAAAUCACCGAAAUGCAGUAUCGUUGCUGUCCUGGUUUUUUCGGAGAAAACUGUGAUAUGGAAUGCUUCAACUGCACUACGCUAGAACGGAUGGAACGGCGUUUGAGGUCCGUGGAAGAAACCAUUCGUGGCGGCAAUGGGAACUACAGUUACGCUGGCCCGCAUCAACGGUCGUUCAUUCGUCCUGGACGGCCAGAUAUGAGCCAUGUCACUACUACACCUAGAGGAGCGGCACCAAACGGCAGCACUCAGAUGCGUCGGCCAGCCGUCGGAGUGACUCGUCGUCCGUUCAGUGGGUAUCACGAUAUAAGGAAACCGGACGCGGCUUUUGAGCGCAACGGUGCAGCACAGCAAGGUUCGUCGGACGUUUCCGCUGGAGUGCGAACACCGCAGCAAACGAGAUGCAACUGUCCGGCAGGACCUCCUGGACAAGCCGGAGCUCAAGGACCAGUUGGGUUGACUGGAAUUCCUGGAUUACCCGGAAGGAACGGAAUUGAUGGGACUCUAGGUGCGCCAGGAUCUCCAGGUUUGGAUGGACAACCUGGACAGAACGGCUCACCAGGAAUCGAUGGGCUCCCUGGACUGCCCGGGAACCCUGGUCCACAAGGUCUUACGGGUCUGCCUGGUCUACCCGGUUUGAAAGGUGAAAUUGGUCCCACUGGUCUGACCGGAGAACGUGGUGCUCCAGGUCUUGAUGGAAUACCGGGGACACCAGGUCUUCCAGGAGAAGCAGGUCUUCAAGGCAUUGACGGUGUACCCGGCGCCCCAGGUCCAGUUGGGCCUGCAGGUCCUGCAGGGCCCCCUGGUCUUCCUGGACCUCCUGGCCUACCAGGGCUUUCGUCUUACUCUCGCACAAACAGUCGCGAUGGCUCUGGUUUAGAUGACGAUGACGUGUCAACGAGGGUAGGAUUACCUGGCCCACCUGGCCCUCCAGGUGCGACCGGUGCUGCAGGUCCCCCCGGUGAGCGGGGCGAAAAAGGUGAACCAGGUGACAGCGGUGCGCUGGGACCGCGUGGCCAGCGGGGAGAAAAAGGUUCCAAGGGCGAGCGAGGCUUCGACGGGGUCCGCGGACCACCAGGUGAUUCUGGGCUGACUGGCCUCCCUGGACCGAAAGGUGACAAAGGAGAUGGUGCGUUAGAUGGCGUUGAUCUUUCAGAGUCGAUUCUUCAGUUGCAUCAGCUCGUCGAUGAGUUGCGAAGCCAAAUCAGUGAACUACGCGAUCGUGUCGUUAUACUCGAACUUGGCGUUGGUGAGUCUCCGGAUACAGCGGAGGCGCCUUCCAGCAGUCCCGUAGCUCCGCCUCCACUACCAACUCAAACCCCAAAACCUGUCACUACGACGACCCCUCCACCUGUGGUAGUUAGUGCAACACCUCCGGCGCCGGCAUUGUCCGAGGAAGAAGAAUCUGAUGAUUACGAUGAAGAUGCCGCUGUGUUGGCAACAUCAUCGACGACUGCUAGUCCGUCUCCAGCUCUGACGUCACCUCCUCCGCCAAUUGUCAAUCCGCCGCCGCUCUCCACAGUUGACCAGGAUUACGGAGAAGAGGAAAUAGAUUCGGAGGAAGAUUACACAGAGAACGAGGAUGAAGACGAAGACUUAGUUUUGGAUACAAGGCCGUCUUCAACUGCUGGUCGAGCUUCAACUUUAGCUCCGGGUCGUGGUCGACCUAAUGCUGUUAUCAACAACGGUGGACGUGGAAAUGUGGCCAACAACUUGUUAGCUGAAGAUGAUGAUGAGGAUAUUGAUUCCAUAUUGAGCCCCAAUUCCCGAAUAGAGCCAAUUGGACGAGGAGUUUCUACCAUUGAUGCUGAAGAUGAUGAAGAGGAGGAAGAAGAAGAUCCCGAGUAUGAUGAUUAUGACGAUUCUCCAACCAGCCGAUCUAAGCGGCAUAAAACUGCUUCUAAGAAUUUGAAGCAUUCAAAACACUCUACGAACUCUAAGCAUUCGAAAAACAUGAAGCCUCUAAGAACUAAAUUGAAGCCGAAGCGAUCUUCAGCUUGAAUUAUCCACCGAUGUUGAGAAUUACCGAUUUUUCGUUGCCAUUUUGCUUUCAAAUUUUUUUUUCUAUCUCGUUUGGUUGCCAAAACCAAUCUAUCAUUUUUAUCAGUUGCCGAGGCUAAAAAAAAAAUGACUGCCAAAUGCCUUUAAUAAUAGUUUUUCGUCUUCCCGCAUGCUCUGCAACUUUUCUUCCGUUUGUUAGAGAAAAAAAAAAGAGAAAAAAAACACAAAAUUUUGAUAAAAACCGGCUUCUCUAAAUCAUUUUUUAACCUAGAAUUGAAUUUUCUGACUGCCGCCCAAUUUUAAUUUCCACAUCACUGCCGAUUAGUUCUGUUUCCCACAGAGAUGUUGCUAAAGGUCCUUCCCCAACAUUAUUUUUUUUUCAUUUAGGGUGUCACGGUGGAAUAAACGGAACCAUAUACAUAA